GUGCCACUAGCCUCAGUGUCUCUCAGGCAGAGGACAGAAAAGUUGGGGCAAAGUCUGAGUCACCUCCAGCAGCUAGCAGACACUCACAGCAACUCCCACCACAGUACCAGUUUUUCUCUCUCUCUUUUUUUUUUAGACUGCUCUAUCACUCAAUCUCUCUCUCUCUCUCUCUCACACACACACACACACACACACACACAUAUACACACGCACACCACCCGUCACUCCUGGCAGAGAGAAGACAGGACCACAGGAGAACUGUAACACACCUUUACUACCAGAUACUCACCCAGCCUUUGCCAGACGGUUUACCCAGAAUGUGGACGCUUCUCUUGGGGGUCACCUUUGGAUUACUGGCCUCCUCCAGGUCAGAACAACUUCAAGUGAAUUCACGGACCUGCAGCUAUGCCGGGGUAUUUCUAGUUGAGGGAGCAAGCCGUCACUCCCUGGACUUUUCCAUGGCUCAGAAGGUGUGUGAGCAGCUGGAGACCACCUUGGCAAAUCCUGACCAGGUCCAAGAGGCCUACAAUAAAAGCAUGCAAACCUGCAGGAACGGCUGGAUCAGCAAUGGGAGCAUUGCCAUCCUCAGACAUGAGCCCAAUGAAAAAUGUGCAAAGAACAUGACUGGCUUAAUUUUUCAGUCACGAGUGAGAGCUGAAGAACACUUCGAUGCCUAUUGCUAUGAUGACCAAGCUGGGCCUGAGAAGAACUGUACGAAAAGGUUUGUGUUAUCUGGACCCUCAGAUGCAUCAGCUCCAACAACAGCAGAAGACGAGGCAGAGCCAGAGUCCACUGCAAAAACACAUCUCGAGGUUGCUUCUGAGGAUGGUUACUCCACGGUACCUGGAGAUGAUGCUCAUACGGGAAUAAUAGAAUUUACCACCAGUCCCACAGAAAAGAUUACAGAGGAUCCCACUUGGGAUCACGCUACGGGAGAAAACAGCACUGCGCCGUUCGCUUUCACUCCUGAAGACCUCGACCAGCCCACUGGAUCUGGGAUGUCACCACCCUCCUCUGAGGAAGAAAGAGUCUCUCCAACGGCCCCUGUUGGCGGCCCAGUGAAAGAAAAUGAAAAUGAAAAUGAGCAGCAGAAUGAGUCUGUCGGGGAUGAUGCCACAACAGAGUCUCCGCAACAACGUAAUGGCAGGAUGGCAGGUCCUGAUGUGCCCAAAUCUAAUGAAGAGGAGAGCAGUGGUUCCUUGAACUGGCUGGUGAUCAUUGCAGUGAUUGUGGCAGUUGCUGUUAUUCUUCUUGUAUGUGCAGCUGUUGCCAAAAGAAAAAGCCUGUGCAGCAGACGACAGACCCUGAUGAUCACAUCGAAAGAGGGCGGUGAGGGAAACGGGGCGGCAGCAUCUGCCUCCAGCUCCCACGCCCAGGAGAGAGAGCAGGAGAUGGUGACCCUCAUGAACAAAGAGAAGAUCCAGGAGAACGGCAACACAGAGGAGUUCACCGUCAUAACGCUAGAGGAGUCGCCAGAUAAAGAACAGCAGGCGUGAGAGAGGAGUGUAGAGUGUAGGUGAAGGCAGGAGGGUAAUCGAUAGGAGAUGGUUGAGAGAGAGUAGACAGGUGGGGGUAGGGGCUCCAAACGCUGGGGUUUUAAACUGCUUUAGUGGUCAGCAAUGAAUGGACGCUGAGUAAAGGUCUGUGUGUGCGUGUUAUUUAGGAAGAUUGUCUAACUGAAGUGUUUUCCUGGGUCUGAAGCUGUUGCUUCUCAGUGGGACCAGGUCUUGCAAACCAAUAUGUGCAGCAUUUCGUUUUUCUGGUAUUCCAGGUUAGUUAGGACUGAAUGGCGGUCAAAGUGUCAGAGUGUCAUGCAUGGAGGGGUAUCAUGCAUCAGUGCACAGCAGGGUGUGUGAGUGUUUUUUGUGUCAGUUCUUUGUGUUUGUGAGGUUGUAUUCUUCUUUGAUGAUGGGGCUGAAUAGGCAUGGGUUUAAAAGGGAGGGGGUGGUGCGUGAGGGUUGUCAUUUGUGAUGAACAUAUUAAUUACAGAUUAUUCUUCUUUUUAAUAAAAUUGAUGAAUCCUAAAAUGUAGGGCCUAUCAACCCAUAUAGGAAAUACUAAAUCAACAAUGAAAACUGGGUUGUUUUAUUUGAGCUACUGCAGAUGGAAAAAAAAGAUUUUUUUAAACAAACAACUCCCGGUGAUUUCUUUGUGUUUCCAUUAUUUUAUUUGUUUGUUUAUUGCUGUAACCUUGUGUAUAUUUCAGACAUUGCCUGUGGACUGGAGUUUGGUUUUUCCAUUUUCAAGAAAACUAGGGAUGUCACUACCUUAAUUUAUGCAGCAUUGAGUCCCUUUUUCUUGGUCUCUGUAUAUAAAGUAUGUUUUGGAAAUGCCUUAGCAAUAGCUGCCAGCGCUUUAUUUUAUUUUUUUGGUAGGAGGGGACUUUGUGUCCCUUUUAGAUAAAGGAAUGUGUCAAUUUUGAGAGUUAUUUAAUAAGAAAACUCUGAUGUAAACAAUUGUGAAUGGAUUUUGCAAUAGUCAAAGCAGAGUGGAUAUUGGAUGAAUCAGCUUGAUGUUUAGCAUCCAAAACUGUGCAAUCUGUGCACCACUGAAGUCAUUUAAUAUGGUAUACAUUUAUAGUGAGUUGGGAACAUGACGCCAUGAAGUCACUGAUGUUAUCCUGAGGAUAAGAAGAAGAAUAAUAAUGAUGAUCUAUACAAACUACAUACACAGUGUGUACAUUGAUUGGGGGGAAAAAAGCAUGUACGCAGGAAAGAAUUGAACUGUAUCUGUAACAGAGUGACCUUUUUUUAAAAUGCACGAUUUAAGCUCAGUCUCUUCAAGUGAGUGACAGCAACUUGUCAGUUGCUCUAAACACAUAGAAAUGCAAAGUUUUACUCCCACGAAAGAGUAUGUUACAGCGUUGCCUUUAUGUGUAUGUCACUCACACACGUAAACAAAAUGCUGCAGUUUUUUCUACCGACCUUCUCCUUGGUGUAAUAUAUCAUACAUUGUCUGAUAUCAAUAUCAGUCCCACUGUGACAGCUAAAUUUCUUUUUCCUGUUUUUCCAAUAUAAAGCUGAAUUAAAUACAGAAAUUGUACAGACAUUUUUGCAUCUGACUUGUUCCGUUGUUUUGUUCCUGCUUUUGCUCUUACAUGAUUCAUUUUGAGGGGAAGUAGUGAACUAGUGUAGGCAGGUUUUAUGAAGAAUUAACGAUAGAUUUCUCUGAAAAGAUUUGUCAUGAACGCAAUAAAUGUGUAUGGAUAGA